CCCCGCAGCCCGGCGCUCCCGUCCCCGGCCGUGCUGUAUCUCAGCCCCAUCCCGGGGGCUGCUGUGCCCGGUGUCCCCGGUGCCGACCCCCGCCGGGGAGUGACGGCGGCGCCACGGGGCCAGCGGCAGCAUGAGCACCGAGACGCUGGUGAAGGACGUGAAACCGGGGCUGAAGAACCUCAACCUCAUCUUCAUCGUGUUAGAGACGGGCCGGGUGACGAAGACCAAGGACGGCCACGAGGUUCGGACGUGCAAAGUGGCCGACAAGACCGGCAGCAUCAACAUCUCGGUGUGGGACGAUGUGGGGAACCUCAUCCAGCCUGGGGACAUCAUCCGCCUCACCAAGGGAUACGCCUCGGUCUUCAAGGGCUGCCUGACCCUGUACACGGGGCGUGGGGGGGACCUGCAGAAGAUUGGCGAGUUCUGCAUGGUGUACUCUGAGGUGCCCAACUUCAGCGAGCCCAACCCUGAGUACGUGGCGCAGCAGCUGCAGAGCAAAGGGGCUCAGAACGAGGGCGGGAGCGUGGCUGCGGCACAGAGCACCCCGGGCCCCCCCCCUGCUUCCUUUCCAGCCUCUGACAGCCAGAACGGGAACGGGCUGAGCCCGGGGGGGCCCCCGCACCCCUCCGGAGCCCCCCCGCACCCCCCCAGCGGCCGCAUCACCCGCAGCCAGCCCGGCCACCCCCCCGGCCCCGCCCCCGGCCCGGUCAGCAACGGCAAAGAGACGCGGCGGAGCGGCAAGAGAUGACGGGCUGAGCCCCCCGCAGCCCCCCCGCCCCGGGGAGGGGGGGGGGACACCCCCAGCCCUCAGCACCCCCCCGGGUGCCAACCCGGCCUCGCAGCCCUCGGGGAGCAGCUCUGGACCCUCCCCCCUCCCCCAGCCCAUGCUGGGGGUCCCGGCUGGGCUGGGGCUGAGCGCUGCCCCGCAGCCCCCCCCCCGCUGCAGCCCCCUCGGGGUGAGGGUGGGGGGGGGGACACCCCCCUGCACCCCCCCCCCCUUCAUCCCUGCACCCAAAGCCCCGCGGCCGGGGGUGUCAAUAAAGGCUGGUGCCGUG